UGGACGCCAGGGCUGCUGCUGCCGCUGCUGCCCUGGCCUGGCUUACUGCCACACUCUUGGCUGCACGCCCCGCUCAGCCGCGCCAUGCCGGUGGACAUCAGCAAGUGGUCCGGGCCCUUGAGCCUGCAGGAAGUGGACGAGCGACCUCAGCACCCAAUGCAGGUCGCCUACUUUGGGGCGGUGGUGGACGAGCUGGGCAAAGUGCUGACACCCACUCAGGUUAAGAAUAGACCCACCAGCAUUACCUGGGAUGGUCUUGAUCCAAGGAAACUCUACACCUUAGUCCUAACAGACCUGGAUGCGCCCAGCAGGAAGGAUCCCAAAUACAGGGAAUGGCACCAUUUUCUGGUGAUCAACAUGAAGGGCAAUGACAUCAGCAGUGGCACAGUCCUCUCUGAUUAUGUGGGCUCAGGGCCUCCCAAGGGCACAGGCCUCCACUGCUAUGUCUGGCUGGCUUAUGAGCAGGACAAGCCACUGAAGUGUGAUGAGCCUGUUCUCAGCAACCGAUCUGGAGACCACCGUGGCAAAUUCAAGGUGGUGUCAUUCCGUAAAAAGUACCAUCUUGGGGCUCCAGUGGCUGGCACAUGUUACCAGGCUGAGUGGGAUGACUAUGUGCCCAAACUGUACGAGCAGCUGUCUGGGAAGUAGGGCAAAGCUUGGAGCAUGAACUGCCCCAUAGGCCCCAAGUAGUGUUCUCCAGUUCUGUGUUGCAUGUAGGUUUCCCUUCUUUCCCGUUCCCCUGCACACAAAACAGGUGAGAUCUGAGCAGAGAGUGUUCUAGGGUGACUUUCUACUGCCUGUUCUUAUCAUUUUAGAUAGUCACACACCCCAGUUUGUGUUUUGAUAAAAUUUGAGUUUCAUUUUGGUACUAUGAAGGGGUCAUCAAAUUAAUACAAGAACAGAAAGCCAGAAUUUAAAGAAGAAAAAAAUCCUGUAAAAAGACCCAUUGUCUAUGGUAAUAGAGCAAAGCAUCAAAGAAUCUUUAAGAGAGGUUAAAAAAAGGCAGG